AUGAUAUUUUUGAACUGUUUAUUUUUACAGGAUGAAAAAGAUUCACCAACUAAAGGUGGUCGUAAGAAGAUACGUAAAGUUAUGUCUGAUAAAAAGGUGGCUGAUGAAACUAAAGCUGCAGCUAAAGCAGAAGAAGAUAGAAGACAGAGAGUUUCAGAUUUACAGAAAAAAGUAGGUUCUACAUACUCUUCCUCUCCUACUAAAUGUCCAAUGACAACUAAAUUAGUAUUAGAAUCUAAUAAAGAAGAUGAACCAUUAGUAGCUGUCAAUAAACAUCUCAUUAAAAAAUUAAAACCACAUCAAGUUGAAGCGAUACAGUUUAUGUGGAGUUGUUGUAUUGAGAGUUUAAAAAGAUUAAAGAAAGAUGAAGGUUCUGGGUGUAUUUUAGCUCAUUGUAUGGGUCUUGGUAAAACUCUCUCUGUGGUAUCAUUUGUUCAUACUGUAUUGGCAGCUUCAGAAUAUACUAAAAUGACAACAUGUUUGAUAGUUUCACCAUUAAAUACUGUUUUAAACUGGAGAAAUGAAUGUAGUAUGUGGUUAAAGGAGAAAGAUCAACUCACGGUAGGUUUUGUGUAUGAACUCUCUAGUGUUAAAGAUAACCAUAGUAGAGCUAGAUAUUUAAGGGAAUGGAUACGAGAAGGUGGUAUCAUGAUUAUAGGAUAUGAAAUGUAUCGUAAUCUCACAAACACUGGCCGAGUCAGAAAUAAAAAACUGAAAAAAACUUUUGAAGAAACACUAGUUGAUCCAGGUCCAGAUUUAGUGGUAUGUGAUGAAGGUCAUAUAUUAAAGAAUGAACAAUCAGCUAUAUCACAGGCUAUGAAUAAAAUUAAAACAAAACGGCGAAUAAUUCUUACUGGUACACCAUUACAAAAUAACCUUAAUGAAUAUCAUUGUAUGGUUAGUUUUGUUAAACCAAGAUUACUAGGUACUAGAAAAGAGUUUUUAAAUAGAUUUGUCAAUCCUAUAACUAAUGGCCAGUGUUCUGACUCUACUGCUCAUGAUGUUAAAGUUAUGAAAAGAAGAGCCCAUGUUUUACAUGAAAUGUUGGCAGGUUGUGUUCAGAGAAAAGAUUAUUCAGCAUUAACGAAAUAUUUACCACCAAAGUUAGAAUAUGUGAUAUCAGUAAGAUUAGCCCCUGUACAGAUGACAUUGUAUGAGAAAUAUCUUGAAACUGUGGGUCAAACUGGUACAGUUUCAGCCAAGGGAGGAAGAUUAUUUCAAGAUUACCAAGCUCUUUCAAAGAUCUGGACUCAUCCAUGGGUCUUAAAAUUAUCAGAAAUCAAACAGGAAGCAAAGGUUAAAUAUGAUGACUAUGAAGAUGAGGAUGAAGAAUUAUCUAAUGAUUCAUUUAUUGAUGAUAGUACAUCAGAGAGUUCAUCAUCAGUUGAUGAUAACAGUGAUGAUGAUAUUAGUUUGAAAGACAGUGAUAGUGAUAACAGUGGAAAACGUACUAAAAAUACUCGAGCUAAAACUAAAGAAAAAAAGAAGAAAAAUAAAAAUGAUAGUGAAUGGUGGGCUGAAUAUCUUAAAGAAGAAGACAAACAUAGACUAGAACUUAGUGGAAAGUUGUCACUGUUAUUUAAGAUAUUGUCAAUGUGUGAAGAAAUUGGAGAUAAAGUGUUAGUAUUUAGUCAAUCUCUACUAUCAUUAGAUAUUAUAGAAGAUUUUCUAGAUACUAUAGAUAAAAAAUGGCAAGAAGAGUCUAAUGAAAAAUCUGAAGAAGAAAAGCUAAAUACGUUUGGUAAAAGUUGGACUAAAGGUGCUGAUUAUUUCCGAAUGGAUGGUUCUACAAGUGUUGCUCUACGUCAGUCCUGGGCUGAACAUUUUAAUGAUCCAGAAAAUUACAGAGCUCGACUAUUUAUUAUAUCAACUAAAGCUGGAGGGUUAGGUAUUAAUUUAGUUGGUGCUAAUAGAGCUAUUAUAUUUGAUGCCUCCUGGAAUCCAUCUCAUGAUAUACAAUCUAUAUUCCGAGCUUAUAGAUUUGGUCAAGUUAAACCAGUUUAUAUUUAUAGAUUUCUAGCACAGGGUACAAUGGAAGAAAAGAUCUAUGAAAGACAAGUAACAAAACAAUCUCUAUCUCAACGUGUAGUAGAUGAACAUCAGAUAGAAAGACAUUUUACAGCUAAUGAUUUACAGGAAUUAUAUGCCUUUCGACCUGAUAGAUUAGAUGAUCCUAACAGAGUAGAGAAGACACCUAUUUUACCUAAGGAUACAUUAUUAGCUGAAUUAUUAAAGAGUGAAAAAGAUUGGAUUGUAACCUAUCAUGAACAUGAUUCACUAUUAGAAAAUAAACUAGGUGAUGCUUUAUCUGAAGAGGAGAGAAAGUCAGCAUGGGAAGAAUAUGAAACUGACAAAAACAGACAACCAGUAGUUAAUAGAGGUUAG